AGCUCCGCCCGCGGCCCGGCCUCCGGACCGGAAGUGAGGCGAUUGGCUCCGCCCCCGAGCUCGAUAGCUCGCGAGACUUUGCAGAGCCCUUCCUUUUUCGUAUCGGUCGCUGACAUGCCAUCCAGACUAAGGAAGACCCGGAAACUUAGGGGCCACGUGAGCCACGGCCACGGCCGCAUCGGCAAACACCGGAAGCACCCGGGAGGCCGCGGUAAUGCUGGUGGCAUGCAUCACCACAGGAUCAACUUCGACAAAUAUCACCCAGGAUACUUUGGGAAAGUUGGUAUGAGGCAUUACCACUUAAAGAGGAACCAGAGCUUCUGCCCAACUGUCAACCUUGAUAAAUUGUGGACCUUGGUCAGUGAGCAGACACGGGUAAAUGCUGCCAAGAACAAGACUGGAGCUGCUCCGAUCAUUGAUGUGGUGCGAUCGGGUUACUACAAAGUUCUGGGGAAGGGAAAGCUCCCAAAGCAGCCUGUCAUCGUGAAGGCCAAAUUCUUAGCAGCAAGAGCUGAGGAGAAGAUUAAGGGUGUCGGUGGGGCUUGUGUCCUGGUAGCUUGAAGCCACAUGGUGGGAUUCAUUAAAUGAUAAGCGCUUUUCUCUUCU